AUGGCCUUGGCAAAGCUUCUUUCUCAAUCUUUGACCAGACGCGUCGCAGGUUCCGGUUUCGGUUCGCCGUUUGCCAGAAGGUCGCAUUCUUCUGUGUUUGCUUCCAAGACAUAUAUCUCUCCUAAGGCACGCUUUUUCAACACUUCCAGUCCUAAAAGAAAUGCAUCAUCAGCCAAAGAUGCAUCUCCUUCCCCUUCUUCACCUUUUAAGAACCGCUGGAAGCUCGCUAAGCGAGUUGGUCUAGGUAUUGUAGCUGCUAGUGUGUUUUUCUAUGGUGUUUCCAUCUAUAACUUUCGUCAUCCCGAUCCUAAACAACCUUUCCCUGAUCCUUCUAAAAAGACUCUUGUCAUUUUGGGUGCUGGUUGGGGUGCUACUUCCAUCCUUCGAACCGUCGAUAGCUCUCUCUACAACGUAGUCGUUGUUUCCCCAAGGAAUUACUUCCUUUUUACCUCUCUCUUGCCCUCUACUGCUACCGGUUCUGUCCACAGCCGCAGCAUUGUCCAACCAAUUCGCUAUCUUCUUCGUCACAAGUCUCAUUUUGUCAGGUUUUAUGAGGCCGAGUGCUCCGAUAUCGACAAGGAUGGCAAAACAGUCGAGAUUAGGAGAAAAACUUCUGAUGGUCAGGAGUUUGUUCAGCAAAUUAACUAUGAUUACUUGGUUUGCUCUGUUGGUGCUGAGACCCAAACAUUCGGCAUCCCCGGAAUCGAAGAGCAUGGUUGCUUUAUGAAAGAGAUGUGGGAUGCCCAAAAGAUUCGCACCCGCAUCAUGAAGUGUCUUGAACAGGCUCAGUUCAAGGACCUUGAUCCUGAAACCCGUCGCCGUUAUGUUCACUUUGUAGUCGUCGGUGGUGGUCCUACUGGUAUGGAAUUCGCCGGUGAAAUGGCUGAUUUCAUCAACGCUGAUCUUAAAUCUUGGUAUCCUGAACUUGCUAACGAUUUUUCUGUUACUCUCAUCGAAGCUUUACCCUCCGUUCUCCCCAUGUUCAGUAGCAAGUUGCGUGAAUAUACCAAGUCUCUUUUCGCUAAAACCAACAUUAAUAUCAGAACCCAGACUGCCUUGAAGAAGGUGACCUCAGAUAGCAUCAUUGUCGAAGUUACCGAUCCAGAAGUAUGGGCUGGAGGCAAUAGACCUCGUCCUCUCAUCAAGAAUCUCAUCGAGUCUUUGAACGAACAAACCAAUCGCCGUGGUUUGAUUGUCGACGAUUACAUGCAAGUCAACGGUAUGCCAGACGUCUUUGCUCUCGGUGACUGCACUUCUACUGCUUACGCCCCUACUGCUCAGGUGGCUUCUCAACAAGGUGCAUUCCUUGGUCAGCUUUUCAACAAACUUGGCUCCCUUGACUUCGAGAAGCCUCGUGUCGACAGACAUAUUGCCAUUGGCGAGGAAUUAGAUUCUGCUGCUCUUAUCUCUCUCGCUAAUGAAAAGCAUGCAUCUACGAAGGUAUUCCGUCCUUUCAAGUAUUCUCACCAAGGUUCUCUUGCCUAUGUUGGUCAUGAAAAAGCAAUUGCUGAUUUGAAUGUUCCUUUCCUCGAUAAGCAAAUCCAUGCCAGCGGUUAUCUUGCUUUCUUUUUCUGGCGCUCUGCCUAUCUUUCAGAAUUAUAUUCCCUUCGUAACCGUACCAACGUUUUGUUAGAUUGGAUCAGAACUUCCCUAUUUGGCCGCGAUAUUUCUUCCCUUUAA